UUUUCUCUCUCUCUCUCUCUCACCCUUUUUGAAUAAUGAAUAAGCAGCGCCACCACCACCACCACCACCCUUCCUCCUCUUCCUUCCCCUUUUCUUUGUCUCUAAUCUAAAGAAAUCCCCCAUUUGUGCGCCGCUUUCCCUCUGUGAUCUACCCAUCUGGGCUCCGUUGUUCAUCGAUUCAGCUAGUUGAAAAAGAACCCAUCUUUUCUCCUUAAUCUCUACUUUCCUCUUUCUACUUCCGCCCAACUAAGUAGAAAGAGAAAAGAGAUCGAUCUGAGGGUUCAAAGUUGAGGACUUUAUGAAUCCAAAUCCUCUGCGCCGGAGGAUAUGGGCGGAGUCACAUCGUCGAUUGCCGCUAAGUUCGCCUUCUUCCCUCCCACACCGCCCUCUUACACGGUGAUCGCCGACGAAUCAUGCGCCGGACGAUUCUACAUACCUGAAGUUCCUAGAAGAGACGAUGUUGAUGUGUUGAAGCUCCGUACUCGUCGAGGUAAUGAAAUCGUGGCUGUACAUAUCAAACACCCAAAAUCAUUGGCGACCCUGCUUUACUCUCAUGGUAAUGCUGCGGAUUUGGGUCAGAUGUUUGAACUCUUUGUCGAAUUGAGCCUUCGUCUUCGAAUCAAUCUAAUUGGGUACGAUUACUCUGGCUAUGGACGAUCAACUGGAAAGCCGACAGAGUGCAACACAUAUGCAGACAUUGAAGCCGUAUAUAAAUGUCUGAAAGAGCAAUAUGGAGUUAAAGACGAACAAUUGAUAGUUUAUGGACAAUCUGUUGGAAGUGGUCCAACCAUUGACAUAGCUUCGAGAACUCCAAACUUAAGAGGAGUGGUUUUACAUAGUCCAAUUCUCUCGGGCAUUAGGGUAUUGUACCCCAUUAAACGCACAUACUGGUUCGACAUCUAUAAGAAUAUUGAUAAGAUUGCCAUGAUCAACUGCCCUGUUCUUGUAAUCCAUGGGACGGCUGAUGAAGUUGUGGAUUGUUCGCAUGGAAAGCAACUGUCGGAACUGUGCAAGAAUAAGUACGACCCAUUAUGGAUAACUGGGGGCGGUCAUUGCAAUCUUGAGCUUUAUCCAGAAUACAUUAGACAUCUAAAGAAAUUUGUUAUGUCUCUCAACAAACCAAAACCUGUUGCAGCCGCGAAUGGUUCUGAGAAAGCUCCGGAAGAGAUGGGUAAACAGAGCAAGGAUUCAGAAAUAGGUCCUUCAAAAGAGUUUGAGUCGAUAACUGAAGUACCAGAAGUUUCUAGAAACAGUUUGGAUAGCCGGCUAGCGAAAUCAAAGGAGAAGAACAACAAUAAGGCUGAGAAGUCUCGGAUGAGUACUGACCGUGUUGACAGGCUCAGGAGAAAAAAAGGCUUAUUGUGGUGACAAUUAUUUGUUGUUUCAUCAACUUGUUUCAUUUAAUGUGGAAAUUUUAGUGUUUAAGGAUUUGAUAUUUUGUUUUGUUUUGUUUUUUGAAACAAGAAUUUUUAGAAUGUCAUAAAGACCUGACAAGUUUUCCCA